GCGGCUCGGGCGCCGGCAGGUCGUGUGGCGGUGCACUGCCCGCGCGCGCGCGCCUCUCGCCAUGGGGCCACGAACAGCACGGCUUCUAGUGUAUGUUCGUAGAAGAGGUAACAAAAACAGUAGACAGAUUGCAUCUACAAACCUUGCGGGUUGUACAUCUAUGGUGACAUCAUUUAUAGCUUCGCCGGUGCAUAAGAUCAAACGAUUCUCUCAAGGUGAUGGCGAGGGUAAAGAACGAUUCGUGUUAGCAAAAGGUCUAGGAGAUAAAGCUGGUAAAGCUGUAGCAUAUCAAGAAGAUGUUUUUUUUGAGUUUUUGAAAGAUCAUCUCCCAUUAAUAAAAACGGGGGCACGGGAACCGAAACUUGAAUUGCGACAGGGCUGUGCAUUCUUGUCGCUCAAGUCUGGUCUAGCCACUCAAGGCGACGAUAAAAUGGGGACGGAGAGGUCCUUGUGUAAGAGAGACGUGAAACUUCCUGUGAAGGAGAUGUGCCUCGCGUGGAAGUCAUUAGCCCAGUUUAUGGUGCAGUGGCCGUGCGAGCGUCGUGUUGGAGCAGCAUCCGAAGCGCACGUGCGUAAGCGACGUCGCGUUCGGAUGCUGCGCCCUGAACAGCCGUCCACAAGCCGUGCGGGAAACGGGCGGGCGAGAGUGAAGAUAAGAGGUACGGUGGGAGUGACUGAAGCGUGGAGGCGGGACAGAGGGUAA